GAAUGUCAUUCACGUCCCCAAAAUAUCACCAGCAAAAGUUGCAGAAGUUGGAAUUUUUGUGAAAAAGUUGUUUUAUUCGUUCUAAAGUUUUAUUUCUGCCCAAUAAAAGUGUUCUAAUGCUUGUACGGACCUUUGGUGAACAUUUUUCAUAUCUAGUUCAAAAGAUUUGCAGCACCUAGGCUAGCUACAAGCUAUGAAAGUCUGCAAGUAGUGGACAAAGAUAUUUUACGUUUCGGAAAUUAGAGAGACAUUAGUCACGACGACGGUUUCGAGGUCAUAAUGGAUCCUAAGCAGAUAACUGCGUUAGCGAAGCUUCUUAAGGACAGUGGUGAUAAAGUGUUGAACUGCGAAUAUAAGUUGUCUUUAUCAGGAUCACUAUUACGCGCACUAAAUGAUGCAUUCAGUUUGAUAGUGGAUAAAAAUGAGACUUUUCCACCACAGAGCUUUCAGGUCGUGAAGCCACACAAUGCCAAAUCGGACGUCUUUCGAGACAUACAGUUCAUCUAUGACUUCGUUCAGAAAACCUUCAUUUUGAGUCUAAAUCAAUUCAUCAACGACGAUCCGUACGAAUUCGAAGUGGACAUCAGCAAGUUCAGAAGCCUUAGAAAACUGGAGGUACAGAAAAUCCCUAUAAGUCAGAUAAUAGGGAUUCAACAAAUGAGGUCGCAACUCAACGAAAUCGUCUGCAUCCGCAGUUUAUCGCAUGUAAAGGAAGUAAUUACUACGUGUGGGGGCGAUAAUAGCAACGGCUUCACAUGGAAUGAAUUGAAAGCUGCCAAUUUUUCCUAUAACAUGUUGGAUCACAUCGAUAGUUCUCUAGAAUUCACUCCGUGGCUGGAAAACCUUAAUUUGAGCCACAAUCGAAUAGUAAGUGUUUCAGCGAUCAAGUGGCUUCCAAAUCUACGGGUGCUCAACCUAAGCUACAACAGACUGACCCAUAUUCCGUCAUUUCACGUUGAUGCCACGAGGAAAAUACAAGUUUUAUACAUAUCAAACAACUUCAUAGAGGAACUUUCUGGGAUCUCACGACUCUUGCGUUUGAGUGAACUGGAUGUUUCCGGCAAUUGCAUCGUGGACCACACGGCAUUAUUGCCUGUUAGCACUCUUUCCUGUUUAUGUUUCCUCAACUUGAAGGAUAAUCCAUUAGCUUGUCAUCCGAAGCACAGACAAGCAACGGCACGAUAUUUGAACCGAAAUACGUCUACUUCAAAGAUUGUACUCGAUGACGAGCCGCUCUCCAAAUAUGAGAAGACACUUACCGGCAACUAUGACAGUUAUCAUGCCAUCCUAACGCCGAGACUUCCGGGAAGCGUUACUUCCAGUGGUAUUAAUACUCCCACUAGGAAAAGCGCACUGAACACCCCAACUGGAAGUGUAUCGUCGAAGAGCAGUUUUCGAAUGGAGCCGAAGGAUGAAAUGAGCACUUCAAUUAUCAGCCAGAAGAAAAUUAAGGUGCGCCGUGCAAUAAUAUGCGACGACGAUCCCAGCGAUAAAGUUUCACAAUAUGGUACCAAACAAGACGUUAGUACUAAGGAAAAUAGUUUAGAAACCAGUUGCGAACACCUGGAAACGAAAAAGCAAAUUGAGAAUCUUCGCAAAAAAUAUGGCAGUGAAUGGCUGCAAAGUCAAGCUGGUGACAUGGUGAAGAACGUAAUUGGGUUCGAUCCCUCUAUGAAUAAAGAAUUCGAAAGUGUGCUGCACUACGAGGGUGAAAGGAAAAAACAUAAAGCUGGAUCGGCUCCGGUGGAUACAUCUAGCAGGCUAGAUUAUACGGGCGAAAGCAUAAGGACCUCGACGCCCGUAGAUCGGGACUCCUCAAUGUUGAUGGAAUCAUGUGAAUCGCCAAUCAAAUUUCAAUCUGGACGCCGUUCCGAUGGAGUGGCCAGUGAAGCUGAUUUCAAAAGCGUAAUUCCAGAUGAUAAUUCGUCUAAUUAUCAGUCUAUAUCGGAUGGAACUAUAGGAAAUGCAUCAAAUUCAUUAAUUUUGAAUGAUAUUUAUGCGAAUGUCGUUGAAGAAGAGUCAGAAUCUGAUGAGGAAGAAAAUGAGAGAAUCUACUUUGUCAAACGAAAGGGAAACCCAAAGGACAUUAUUUUGGUCGUAUCGGAUGUUAGCAUCCGCGAGAAAGAUGGUGACAAGACUAAAACAAGAUGGGGCAUCAAAACACUUGAGGCGUGUGAACGACCAACGUCCACCAGCAUCACACUGUUGUUCGAUACGAUUAAGAAGGACAAGAAAACACGCACCUACGAGGUAGAUGAUCAAAGCUGCCAAGAGCUGGAAUCAUUCUUGCGGGGCAUUUUGUCCAAGCGGCCGCUGUCAGAGAUGAAUCAAAAGCUGUUCGACUGCGUUGUGUGUAAAGCGAGGUUCUCAAGGGAGAUCUCCUCUUCCAAAUUUAUUGACGAUUUGCAAUGCCCCGAGUGUAGUCAAGCGUUUUGCGUCGAAAUAACGGAAUCCCCAGCGAAAUGGAAUCUAAUUGAUCAAAGUAAACGUGAUGACAUUGGAUCCGAUCAUCCGACGGAAACUGUGCCCGACUUGGCAGCACCUUUGGCUGGUCCCUCUGGAAUGAGCAACAUACUGAAGCAAAGCGGUUCAAAAACCAGUAUCGCACUACCGGAAGCAUGGAAAUCACCGGUGAAAAAUAAACCGAGAUCAACUGGUUCGCUGAAUGAUUCUUCCUCGUGCUCCCGCAUCUCACAACCAAGCAGCUCUUGUGACUCAAACCGUAGCGUAGCAGGAAGUACUAAUUCGGAACGUGACCGGGAUGUGGAUUUGAUUGGCAACGAUAGUGACAUAGAAGUUCUUAGCAACCCUAGUCAAAGCAGCAUUGAAGUGCUGGAUCGAGGGUUUCAUCCAAGUAGGAAACACUCAGAAGAAAGAAAGAAUCUACAGUUACCAGGUUUGGAGGUUGUGCAAGGCGACGAUAGCCUAAACAAUAUAUCGACGACGCUCAUCAACCAAGAGACGUCAACUCAUGAUCUCAUUGUAAAGGUAGCAAAUAGCUUUAAUAAAAUUAUAAAAUUUGAAGACGCCACAGUCAAUGACAAAGAGAAUAGCGUGACACCAAAGCCCAACCAGUCGGUCCUGUCCCACAAAAAAUCGUUCCUAACGGCAGCCAAUCUAACUGAAAGCAGUUCAUCGGGAUCGGUGACGGAUAGUGUGUGCACUGCCUAUGAAACAAAUCAAGAUCCUAAGCAAAACAGCUCAUCCGAAGUGACCACAGAAAGUGAAAAGUCAAAGAAGGAACCGUCGUUGACAAAACCAGGUCUGGAUUCGCCUGCAUCGAAGCCUGAUAACUCGGUUAUUAGCGCCGUACUUGGCGGAUUAUUUCAAUCCACAAAUAUGCUGAUGUCCAAAACGCCAAAACCCAUCAAGUCGGAUCCACCCACAAAUUUGCCUUUCGAACCCAUCAAAUAUUCUUACGCGGACUACGCCAACGUUGACCACCGUUUGAAGCUGUAUCUCUACCAGAACCUUUUUGAAGACACGAACGAAACGCUGAAAUGGCUUGUUUCGUGUGUAAUCUUCGAUGAAAAUCAGCUGGAUAAAUGGCCAACCGGUUUUGAUGGAUUGUUCAUCAUGUCAACCACUAAGUUCUAUGUUAUGAAAAAGAUAGCCUCGGAAAAUCAUGAUCCGUCAAGUUGGAUGAAAAAACACCUGUCUGGUACAAUCGAUCGUGUUGGGAUUGCUCAAGUACUGCCAUGGAAAAUUGGUAUGAAAUUCUUUAUCAGUGCAGUAGGUGGCAUUCACAUUAUUCUUCAGGACAUUCUAAGGACGGAUUGUUUGAUUCUGUUCUUUGCAGAUAAUCCACUCCCAGAAUACUGUACAUUUGAUUAUCAGCCAUCUGAGCUGCUUACCAAUAAGCUCGGUAAAGCAACUGGUGGUGAAAUGGUUAAAAUUCUCAUGGUAAUUAACUUUUGUGAAGUGCUUUCCGAUGAUGUGCUGCAAAGUCUGCAGUUGUGUACUUUAUUGCUAACGGAUAGUCAACUGUAUCUAGCGCCGGACAUAAAAUGGUUAAAUGAAAAUAGUAAAUAUCAAAUUGAACCGAAAUAUACGCAGCUAAUGUCGAAUCUCAUCGAACUCGAAGACAUUCAUAGCCUUUCGUGUCGUCUCAAUUUCAUCGAUGAGAAGGAAGAUAAAUACGAAACAUGGCGAAUCGAUUUCGCCACAGUCACCGCCAAAGAAAGUGUCGUAUCGACGAUAUGCAACUCUUGGCAAAAGAUUUUCGGAGUGCCUUUGAUCAAUAGUAGCGGAAAUAGCAGCAGCAAUAAUAACCAUAGUAGCAUAGUUUCUAAUACCAGUCAGGUCAAUGAUAGCAACAUAAUCGAGAAUAUUACCAAUUGAUGUAAAUUUCAAACGUUUUCGUAUAUUUUUUUCUAUCAAAUAAGUUAGGUUGGAAUCAAAUGUAUGACAAUUUGCGUGUUUAUAUCUAGUAUGUGACUUGUGUAUACAUAUUUUAGGAAGUGAUAUUAGGUCUAACUGAAAAACAAAUUUUACGAAUUACUUGUGUUGUCGAUCGUGUUGUAAAAUAUUUAUACCAUUUUUUUCAAUUCUAAAAUGUACAUAGGAACGAUGAAAUAUGAUCGUGAUAGACAGUCUCAAUUUAUUUUAAAAUAUAAUCAUUUUCUACCUGAUCCUGAAUAAAUAUGAUUUAAUGUGAAAGUAAA